GCGGCUGGCGGGAUGGGAAGCGGGGACGCUGCCUAAGCUCUCUCUCCCCCUCUGGGGGCUGCCUUUCUCUUUCUCUCCUGGAGAGGACGAGCGGCCGCGCUCCCCGAGAGGAGCCCAGCAUGCCCUCCUCCUGCGGCUCGAGCAGCCUCCGACGCGCCUCCUGCUCCUAGCCGAGUCGCAACCUCGCCUCGGCCCUGGCCCCGCCGAGCUCCAUGGUGGUUGGAGGGCAGCGUUCUCCUGCGGUGCGGGGCGUCGGCGGCGUCGCCGAGGGAGGGAAAAGAAGAAGGAGAAAAAGAAGGAGGGAAUGGCCGCCCAGGGUGACAGCUGCAGCGUCAAGGUGGCCGUGAGGAUUCGUCCUCAGAUGCCAAAGGAAAAGAUUGAAGGAUGCCACAUCUGCACAUCAGUAACACCUGGAGAGCCCCAAGUACUCCUAGGAAAGGACAAAGCAUUUACCUAUGACUUUGUCUUUGACCUGGACACUUGGCAGGAACAGAUCUAUACAACUUGUGUAAGCAAGCUGAUUGAGGGCUGCUUUGAAGGCUACAAUGCAACUGUGUUGGCAUACGGCCAGACAGGUGCAGGCAAGACUUAUACCAUGGGCACUGGUUUUGACAUGAAUACUUCUGACGAGGAGCAGGGCAUAAUUCCACGGGCCAUCGCCCAUCUCUUCAAUGGCAUACAAGCACGUAAGCAGGCUGCACAAGACCAGGGGGUCCCCAUCCCAGAGUUCAAAGUCAGUGCACAGUUUUUGGAGCUAUAUAAUGAGGAGAUCCUGGAUCUUUUUGAUAGCACAAGAGACCCUGAGAAUCGCCACCGAAAAUCAAAUAUCAAAAUCCAUGAAGAUACCAGUGGUGGUAUCUAUACCACAGGUGUUACAUCACGUCUCAUUAGCUCACAGGAUGAGCUGAUCCAGUGCCUGAAACAGGGAGCUCUCUCCCGAACCACAGCCAGCACCCAGAUGAAUGUCCAAAGUUCCCGCUCCCAUGCUAUCUUUACAAUCUACCUUUGCCAAAUGCGUGUCUGCUCUCCUGUACACUUGGUGAAUGGAGACACAAACAGUCUUCUGGAUGGAUCCCAGCCUACUAGUGAAUAUGAGACCCGAACCGCCAAAUUCCACUUUGUUGAUCUGGCUGGCUCAGAGAGAUUGAAACGAACUGGGGCCACAGGCGAGAGAGCUAAAGAAGGCAUCUCUAUCAAUUGUGGUUUGCUAGCAUUAGGAAACGUCAUCAGUGCCCUUGGGGAUCAGAGCAAGAAAGCAUUGCACGUGCCCUACCGAGAUUCAAAAUUGACCCGGCUUCUCCAAGAUUCACUUGGUGGAAAUAGCCAAACUGUGAUGAUUGCCUGUGUGAGUCCUUCAGAUCGGGAUUUUAUGGAGACCCUGAAUACCCUUAAAUAUGCCAACCGUGCUCGCAACAUCAAGAACAAAGUGGUGGUGAAUCAGGAUAAGACCAGCCAGCAGAUCAGUGCCCUGAGAGCUGAAAUUGCUCGUCUCCAGAUGGAACUUAUGGAAUAUAAGGCAGGUAAGCGUGUUAUUGGAGAAGAUGGCUCUGAAGGCUACAGUGAUCUGUACCAGGAGAACGCCAUGUUGCAGAAGGAAAACACCACUUUACGUAUGCGGGUGAAAGCCAUGCAGGAGGCCAUUGAUGCAAUCAACAUCCGUGUCACCCACUUGAUGAGCCAGGAAGCCAACCUGAUUCUUGCCAAGGCAGGUGAUGGUAAUGAGGCUAUUGGUGCUCUGAUACAGAACUACAUCAGGGAAAUUGAAGAUCUCAGGACAAAACUCUUAGAGAGUGAAGCUAUGAAUGAAUCACUACGCCGCAAUCUAAACCGGGUUUCAACCAGGCUGCCCUAUUCCCUGGGCUUAUCACCAGGGAUUGGAUUGGGAGAUUCACGUUCCCCUGCGCCCUCGGUGGAAGCUGAAGCCACUGACGUUCUACAGUGGGCCAAGCAAGAUGUUGAGAGGCUGAAGAAGGAGACAAAACUGCGAAGAAAAAGCCCAGAGAAAGAAGGAUUUAAAAAGCGUUUAAGGUUGCAGCAGGGAAACGAGGCAGAUGAGAAUGAGGCAGAAGAGGAGGAAAGGGAUGAAAGUGGCUGUGAGGAAGAAGGUGGCCAGGAUGAAGAAGAUGAAGAAGAUUCAGGGAGUGAAGAAAGCCUGGUGGAUUCUGAUUCAGAUGUCGAAGAAAAGGCAGCAAAUUUCCAAGCUGAUCUGGCUGACUUGACCUGUGAGAUUGAGAUCAAACAGAAAUUAAUUGAUGAACUGGAGAACAGCCAACGGCGCCUACAAACCUUGAAGCAUCAGUAUGAGGAAAAGUUGAUAUUGCUGCAGAACAAGAUCCGUGACACCCAGCAGGAGAGAGACAGGGUGCUGCAGAAUCUCAGUAGUAUGGAAUGCUAUACAGAAGAGAAGGCUAACAAAAUUAAAGCAGAUUAUGAGAAACGUUUAAGGGAGAUGAAUCGUGACCUGCAGAAGUUGCAGGCUGCCCAGAAGGAGCACGCUCGCCUUCUCAAGAACCAGUCUCGAUAUGAACGAGAGCUGAAGAAGCUGCAGGCAGAAGUAGCAGAGAUGAAGAAAGCAAAGGUAGCACUAAUGAAACAAAUGCGUGAAGAGCAACAAAGACGGCGAAUGAUGGAGACCAAGCGGAACCGGGAGAUUGCCCAGUUGAAGAAAGAGCAACGUAGGCAAGAGUAUCAAAUCCGAACUCUGGAAUCUCAGAAGCGACAGCAGGAGAUCGUCUUGCGCAGGAAAACCCAAGAGGUCUCCGCUUUGCGUCGUCUAGCCAAACCUAUGACUGAUAGGGUAGCUGGGAGGAUUAACCAGAAACAAACCAUGGGAGAGCCCGGUGCUGAAGUCUCCACCAGCACUAUCACCUCCUUAGAGCCAGAAUCAGGUUCUCGUUCUGUCUCUAGCAUUGUACGCCAGUGGAAUAGAAAAACCAAUGCUUUGCUGGGAGAUUCUCCUUCUUCCUCAAACGGAACUCGGACAAUCAGGAAAAGAUUCCCAAAGAAAGGUGCAAAUCAGACUUUUAAUAAGACAGCCCGCCUGAAGUGGCAGUCUCUGGAACGCCGUGUCUUUGAUAUUGUCAUGCAGAGAAUGACUGUCAUCAAUCUGGAAUCAGAUAUGGAGCGCCUUAUCAAGAAACGUGAGGAGUUGUCAUUGAUGCAGGAGGGCCUACUAGGAAAGAGGGGGAAACUACAGGCUGAGAACCCAGAAGAACAGAAGGGAUUGCAGGAAUUGAAUGAGGAGAUUGAAGUGUUGGCUGCCAAUCUUGACUACAUAAAUGACAGUAUUUCUGACUGCCAGGCCACCAUUAUGCAGAUUGAAGAGACCAAGGAAGAAUUGGAUUCUACAGAUACCUCUGUGGUGAUUAGCUCCUGCUCUUUGGCUGAAGCACGACUUUUAUUGGACAAUUUUCUCAAAGCAUCCAUAGACAAGAGCCUGCAGGUUGCCCAGAAGGAAGCUCAGAUCCGCUUACUGGAGGGACGUCUGAGACAAACAGAUGUGACUGGCUCCUCUCAGAACCAUCAUAUUCUGGAUGCCCUACGAGAAAAAGCAGAAUCCCACCCUGAAUUACAGGCACUCAUUCACAAUGUGCAGCAAGAAAAUGGCUAUGCCAGCACUGAUGAGGAAAUCUCAGAAUUCAGUUUGGCUUCAGAGGGAAGCUUUUCCCAGUCUUUCUUCAUGAAAGGUUCUGCUAGUCAGGAUGACUUCAAGUGCAGGGGAGAGCCUAAACUGUCUGGUCAGAUGAAAGCUGUAUCUGCGGAGUGCCUAGGACCCACACUGGACAUCUCCACUAAGAACAUCACCAAGUCAUUAGCGUCUCUCAUGGAAAUCAAAGAGGACAGUGUUGGAUUCUCUAUCCAUGAUCCUUAUUAUAAGGAAAAAGUCUCCCGUACCAUCAGCCUGCCUAUCCGAGGGAGCACAUUCCCUCGACAGUCCCGAGGUGCAGACACUUCACCCCUUACAAGGAGGAAGUCAUACGACAGGGGCCAGUCAAUCAGAAAUCCAGAUGUUGGAUUCACUCCUCCCUCAUCCCCUCCCAGCAGACCACGCAAUGACCGCAAUGUCUUCUCUCGGCUCACUAGCAACCAGAGCCAGGGCUCUGCAUUAGACAAGGGGAUCAUUAACCCUGUGGGAGGUUCCAGGAGUGCCCGGACAGCACCACUGCAAUGCAUUUCUGUGGCUGAAGGACACACCAAGCCAGUAUUGUGCUUAGAUGCUACUGAUGAAUUGUUAUUUUCUGGAUCCAAAGAUCGGAGUUGCAAAAUGUGGAACUUAGUGACAGGACAGGAAAUUGCAUCUUUGAAAGGUCAUCCAAAUAACGUAGUCUCCAUAAAAUACUGCAGUGACUCAGGCCUGGUAUUCACAGUCUCUACCUCUUACAUCAAAGUAUGGGAUAUCCGUGAUUCUGCAAAGUGCAUCCGUACUCUCACCUCUUCAGGCCAGGUGAUCACUGGAGAUGCCUGUGCUGGGACCACUACCCGGACUAUCACCAGCGUGCAAGGCGAGCACCAGAUCAAUCAGAUUGCACUUAAUCCCACAGGCACUAUGCUUUACGCAGCCACUGGCAAUUUUGUCCGCAUUUGGGAGCUGAACAGGUUUCAGCCUAUUGGAAAGCUGACAGGUCACAUUGGCCCUGUGAUGUGUCUCACAGUGAAUAGGACUGCAAGUAAUCAUGACUUAGUGGUCACAGGAUCUAAAGAUCACUACAUUAAGAUGUUUGAGAUUGCUGAAGGUGUUGGUGGGAACAUUGGACCUUCCCACAACUUUGAGCCUCCACAUUACGAUGGGAUUGAGUGCCUAGCUAUUCAGGGAGACAUACUCUUCAGUGGUUCCCGUGACAAUGGGAUCAAGAAAUGGGACUUGGAACAACAAGAGCUCAUCCAGCAAAUCCCUGCACAUAAAGAUUGGGUUUGUGCUUUGGCCUUUGUGCCCAGCCGGCCAAUGCUGCUGAGUGCCUGCCGUGGUGGAACAGUGAAGGUUUGGAACGUUGAUAACUUCACACCUGUUGGGGACAUCAAGGGGCAUGAUAGUCCUAUCAAUGCCAUCUGCACAAAUUCAAAGCACAUUUUCACAGCUUCCAGUGACUGCACAGUGAAGCUCUGGAGUGCGAGGAAGCUACUGAACUGCACAACCUAGAAGUUGAGAAAAAACAGCUAUGGUCUUAAGAAGACUAAGAUGGAACAUGGCUAGGAAGUAGUGUUUAAUAUUCUCAAACCCAGGGCUUUAGGAUGAGGUAGCUGCCUGGUUUUCUGACAAGUACAUGGGUUGGAGAGGGUGAAGGAAGUCUCCUUUUCUGUUUAUAUGUUCAAUUCUCCUUGCUUGUCAGAUGUCGAUGGUGGCAGCCAUUGUAAAAUAGAGCCAAAAAAGAAGUCAAAAUUUGGUGCUGAGGUUCUUUCAGUCAGAAUCCAUCUGACAAGUCUACAAAAUAGGGUAUUUGGGGAAAAAAGGAGUCAAAAUAUUUCAUAAAUCAAAAUUAGAUUUUUCAACCUAGUAUAAUUAAAUGAGGCUUCCCCAUGAUUUCCAGCUCUCCAGGGACUGCCUAUAUCCUGCUUAUGCCCUUAAGACAUUACAAUGAAAAUAAUUAGAGAGAAAAUCAAGGGUUACAAGUUCCUUCCUGGAUAGAUUGUUAUGUUUUAAGAAGUAUUUCUUGUUCUGGUUGGUCUUUCAAGGGGAUUUAUGAAGUACUGACUUUUAUUUCUUACUUGUACCUGUGAAUUGCUAUUUGUUUUCUUUUUGAAAGGGGAAAGGAUUGGAGGAGCAUGCAAGAAAAUGAGCCACUUUAAUUUGAGCACAUAAGGUAGUGUUUCUCAGUGGUCACUAUAGAAUUGCCCAGAUAUUUUCUAUUUCAUUUGAAAUCAACCUCAGAUUCCUGGAAUGACAGUAUUAAAAGAAAAAAGACAACUAUGUAUUAAACAGAGCAAUAUAUUUAGUAACUGAUCUGAUGAACUUUGAUACCUUCAGAAGAGUAGUUGUUUCCUAAAUACCAGUUAUCUUUUCUAAAUGUUAGAUAAGCAACAAGAAAGAGAGAGACCUAAACUGAUUAAAUACAUUUAGGAUUCUCCUUCAUGCCAUCAUUCGACAUUUCCAGCAAAGAAGUAGCCUGGACAUGCCACUUUCUCUUCCCAUUCUCAAAUUACUGUUUUUCGGUAACAAAAUGGCAUUGACUGCAGAAAUCAACUGUCCCCUAUCACAGGAAAGAGGACAUUUUGUCUUCUCCUUUGUCUGGGAACAGAAAAAAUGUGGAACCUUCCCUUCCAGCUUUCAAACAGGGUAAGGAAGAUUUGAAUUGCUAAGCACAAGGGUGUUGCAAUGCAUUCCUGUAUUUCUGGGGAGAUAAUAAGCCUGCCUCUCUUAAUCUCACCCCCAGCAUCUUUUUUGUUGUUUACAUCUUUUUUUCAUACAUUCACAUUCCCAUGUCACAAUAAGGAGCAAACGGAUAAAAGUUGAUGCUCUGUGUUUAGAAACUUGAAUUUUUCACAGGAUAUUAUUCACUGCACUUGAUUUUUAGCAGCAAACAUUGGCUUAAGCCCUUGGAGAUCCAUCACUAUGUGGGGGAAGCUUUCAUCUGUGUGCAAUGUAGCAGGGCUAUCCAAGCCUCUCUGAAGGAUUGAUUGAUCAAGCACUCUUCACAUUGUUAUAGGAUUCAUCCUUAAACUUUUAACUUGCGUUGUACUCUUCCAUCAGAGGACCAAGGAUUUAAGCGGAUCACUCAGCAGCAGGCUUGGGAAAGCCAUUUGCUAGUAGGGAAAUAUGGACCAGCAGGUUAAAGCAAUUUGCUUUCCAAAUGCUUUGGACCAUUCUACAGCUCUGCUUUUAGUUUGUAGGAGUCUUUGUUCUACUGCCCUGGAUUAGGUUGGAAUUCUGUCCAUUCAUUUGUGUUAUGAAAAUCCCUUUCUCUACACUUAAGCUGCUGAAUCUUCCAUCCAAGUGGAACAUUGUAUUGUAAUUCUAAAUAGGUGUUCAAAUGAUUCUGUGUUUUGUCUUGUGCAAUUGGGGGUGAAGGGGGGGGGAGCAGGGAGAGGUGUAUGAUUGAGAUUUUAAGAGGGUGAGAGCUUGUUUUGAGUUAACCUACCUCAUGGUCCAAGGUGUUUUCUCAUUUUAUUUUUUUGUUGUUAAUAGAACUUGAAUUGAUCUGGGAAAUGCACAGUAUCACUGGUCCCAAUUUCUAAGCUCAAGAGGAAAGUAUGAUGAAAGGAAGCUGGCCUCUGUGUAAUCUCAGAGGGAGCAUUUACAUAUUAAGGCUGUACUUUGUUUACUGCACCUUGGUGUCUUUUGCAGUCUUAUCUUAACUCCACAUUCUAAACUGAGUGGGGAUGUGGGUCAUACGAUUCCAAGAUUGGAAGAUCUUCCACAAAAACAGCACAAUCUUUAUUUCUGCACAUGGAACCCAAUUUGUUUUUUUUUUUCUAUUUACUGAAGUUUGUGGUCCCCUUUGAAUGUUUUGUCUGCAGAAAUCUUUGAAUAGAUUGUGAAUUAGCUCAACGUUCUCCGUUGACUUACAUUAUUUGUUUAGAACAAAGAAUAUGAAGCUUACAAAAGAUAAUAGUAUUUGUCUCACUCAAUCUGCCAGGGGAUACUUUUUAUAGGUUAAAUAAAGGAUUGUGUGAUUUGUGGUCCUCCAGAAGUUGUGCUUUAGCUUCUGUCUUCCCUCAGUUGGCCAGCUCAGAUUCAAGGAAAGCUGGUGGAAGCCACACACUCCUUCUUGAAUUACUGCCCAUAUUUGCCAUAGAGUCUUGCGUGGCUCUUGCUUGCUUGUCCUUUGGCACCAUGUUAUUCUCACCAUGUUAUUUUUUGGGGAGGGGAGGGUGAACCUUGCCUCCUUUACUACUUCUGCUCCCAUGGAUGUAGCAGAAGGGGAAUUGAGCUGAUUUCUUGGGUUUAAUAAGUAUAAUUUACCCUAUUGUUGAUUGUACUUGAAGCACAUAAUUGAGAGGAUACCAAGUAAGCAACAAUGGACAUUUAAUCUCAUAAUUUUCAAGAACUGGACAAGUUGCUGUAAUAAGACUAAUGAGACUAAUAAUGGUUUUGCCUCUCUGCAAGGAUGUUUUAGAACAUGUUAUCAUGCUGCCCCUAAGGCUAAAUCUCUCUUUUAAGAAGCCUACCAAUUAUGUACAGCGGCCACCUCAGUCUAGGGCUGGGAUGAUGGUUUUAGUUUUGCAGUCCCAGCAUACCUGGAUGUAACCAGAUUGAAAUUUUGUUUCAAACAACAGGUGCCUUUCCUUAUUCUGAAAGGUCGGGGUUUUUAUCCAUAGAAAACACUGGUGCUUG